GAGUAGCACAUGUUAUAUUUAUGCCUUUUGUAAAUCAGAUAUCUGAAGGUCAUUGAAUUAGAGAAUUCCCAUUACACUUGAAAUUUAUUAAACUAUAACUGUAUAUAGUAGUGUGGUAUAUACAAAAGUGCAUUUGCUAAUUUACUUCAUUGCUUACUUCCAUAAAGUAAUUUUUAAUCAUCACUAUGGGUUGACAUACAAAAUGUUGGCAUGGGAAUUCCCCAAACAUCCUAAACAAACCUAAAUGUGACGCACAGGAUAGAGAUAUAAAGACUUCCUGUAGCUGUACCUAAGUUUUAUACAGUAGGGUGUGUGUGUGUAUGUGUGUGUGUGUGUGUGUGUAGCUUUAAUAGUGCCAGAAAUCUCUCACUUUUGUGAUCUUCAAAUAGUGAUAAAGAAAAUUAAGAGGAAAUGUGCUCUUAUGAUUCUGCCAAUAGUAGUAAAAAAAUCCAAUCUUUUAUCAGUUUCUGAAAACUUGCUUCACAAAUGUUAAUGUUUAAUUGAAAAUAGUUUAUCAAAGCUGAAAACUGCAAACAGAAAAAAUGUCAUCUACAAAAGUUCUGAAGCCUGCCGGAGUGAUCAUUUUAGUAAUAAUUACCAUUAUGAACAAGACAAUAGGCCAAAUUCCCUCAGAUUCAAACAGUCAACAGUGUUCAGAUAAAGUACCAAAAUUCUGCAGUUGUAAUGGGGAAGAAAUUACCUGUGACUGUGGAUAUGAUACAGCAGAACUUGGGCCAGCUUUUGGUGAGAAAACGCACAUCACUAUGAAGAACUGUCAACGAUUAACACUACAGCCUCAAAGUUUCAGAAAAAGUGGCUCUCUUCAGAUACUUUUACAAAAUAUUACAGACCUACAUUUUAUGAAGGGGUCUUUUGAGAUGGAUGCAUUUACAGAUGCUAGAAUAAAUCUUACCAUCAUUAAUGUUACUUCAAAGGAACUUCCUUCUAAUACUUUCACACUAAGAGAACAUAGCACUUCCCCAUUGGGUGCAACGAACUAUUCUAAAGCUACCAAGGCAAAAUUAAUAUUUCAAAUUGCCAACUGUGUAAUACAUAAGAUUUCUACUGGAGCCUUUGGAAAGUUCAUUAUUCAAAAAUUUUUUAUUGCCAACUCAACUCUAGAACAGAUUGCAAAAAUGGCUGUGGAUAAUCAUGUUACAAAUAAGUUUCAAAUAAGCAAUACAACCAUCGGAGAAAUCCAAAAAUAUGCAAUUACUAUUCAAAAUUCAUCAGUGAAUGAAAGUUUAUACUUUGCAUACAAUAAAUUCAAAGGUGCUGUUCCACUUUUCCUAGUGGGAAACAUCAAAGGAGAUGUCUAUAUAAGAAACAAUACUUUUCCCAAAAUGGAACAAUCACCCUGGAACCUUCGAGUCCAAGGAGAUGUUACUCUACGCAGCAAUAUGUUCAAUAAUAUUCCCAAACAUGGGUUGUUCUUUAGAAUUAAGAAUCGUAUCAAUAUUGUGAAUAAUGAUAUCAAAUAUCUCCAGGGUGGUGCUUUUCAAUGGAUUAAACCAGAAGGAAAUAAGGCACUUCUUUUCCUGGAUGGAAAUGUUUUUCACAAACAUGAUCCAAUGUCCCUUGUUUUGAAUGAAAGCUUUACAGUGGAUUCUGUGGUGAUCAAGCACAACCUCUUUCAACAAAAAUGCUUCUGCAAUAUCACAGAUGAUUUAUCUGCAGCUUUAGGACUGAAAACUCGAACAGUUGAGGAACUCUACAAAGAUGAGGUACACCAACAGUGGUUUACAAAUGGCCAAUGUCUCCUUCAGCUACACAAAACACCAAAAAUUUCCAUAGAACGCUUUUUUGACACUAAAUGCUUGAAACAUAAUCGCCUCACUGUGGUGUUACUAUUGGUGUUUGCUAUUAUUUUAAUUACAAUAGCUAUUGGUGUCAUUGUUGCAUGGCAGAGAAUCAAGAGGACCACCACAAUUCCAUCAGCAGCAUCAGAUUACCAGUCCUUUACAGAACCAGUACCACCAAGCCGAGCUCCAUCUGCUUGGGCAAUAGUGCAGCCAGAUCCUCGUACAUACCAAGAAACAGAAAUACAUAUACUUUUUGAUAAAGCUCAAGAAAUGGAUGCAUAUGACAGAAAUUCGUUACCGAUUCUAGAAGACAAUGAAUAUCAAAAUAACACAGAUCAAAAUAAAAGUAAUGUAAACACAAAGGAAGGAAGUAUUUUAGAGAUGAAGACAACAGGCAAUACAAGGCAGUCAUGCCCUGUACUGCCUAUAUCAAUGAGCAAUUCAUGAAUGUCUGUAACUCUUGUAAUUGUAACUUGUGUUUUAAAAGUUUAUAAACUUGAACUUUCAAUUAGCAUACUAAAAGAGGACAUGAUUUUAAAGACCAGUAUGUAUGCUAAAGUUACAACACACAAAUAAUCUUUGGAAAACAAAACAGAACAAAAGUACGUAGAGAGUACUUCAGUAAAACUUUUUAUAAUACUGUACUGUUGAAGAUUUUGCUGAAAAGACAUGUUCAAUUAGAUCAGGUCAAGGCAAGAGAUGACUCACCCUGUAAAAUUCUCUAACUUGGCCAAAAACUGGAGAUGGGAUGAAGUGAAGACUAUCUUAGAGAACACAGUAAAUUUAAGACAAGACAUAACUUUGCCUCUUACAGAAUUUUGUAGUUUACUGAGAAAGUAGAUGCAGAUUCAAGUUUCCCAGAAUUGCAUCUUCAAUGCUGGGUGACUGUUCCAGUCAUUCAUACACUAGCCAUAGUAAAAUGUCAUGCUCUACAGGAAUCACCAUCACAAGUAUUUGCUCACUUGUGUCAAGCAGAUAUAACUGCAGUUGAUGAGAGCUGUGAACAUCUUUCUUAUGAAAGUUGAUUUUAAAAUGCAGUCAUCGGAUUUAGAGACAAAUAGAAAGUUACUGAAGUAAAUGCGCUAUAUAAGAUCAAGCACAUUUCCUUGUGGUACACCAGCAUCUAUUAAGUAACCUGCAGAUUAUGCUCCAUUAAGAACUACCCCAAGGUAGAACUACCCUGAAGGUAGUCUGCUCCAUUAAGAACUAUCCAGAGCAACUGACCUUGAAGCUAGUCAUGCAAGUGUACAGUGGAGCAAGAGAUUUCUUGUACUUGUAGAUUUACCAGGCUGCUAUGGUGCCAUACCCUUUCAAAGACACUUGCAAUUACCGGUGCAACUUCACAACUUGUCUUGAAUUCAUAAAGUGAUUGUCACCACAUAGCAGAAAGCUUUAAAAGUUUUGCUGAACAGAGAAAUUUUGACACUAUGCUAACAGUCACUGCAGUUGCAAAAUACUCCAGUAAAAAUUGCUGUUGCUUGUUGAAAAAUUAUUUUACAAGUGACUGGAGGUACUGACACAGGUCUGUAGUUGUUUGCCAUCACUCUACUCAUUUUAGGAACUGGGGCAACAUUUGCCUUCUUUUAUGAAAAAAUGCUACCUUGCAUUUACUAAAUGGAAUUGGUAGAUAUGAAUAAGAGUGAUGCUAGUUAGUGAGCACAUUGGUGCAGCAAAUUGGGGUCACCUAGUACAUUAAUACAGAAGACAGAUUUAUGCUUUAUAUCUCGUAAGUCACCCUGCCUCGGUGGGAGACGGCCGACUUGUUGAAACAAAAAAAAAAAAAAAUCUUAAGUAGGGAGCAAAGGGCUAGUCACCCCUUCUCCUGUAUAUACUACAGUAUUACUAAAUGUAAAAGGAGAAACUUUCAUUUUCCCUUUUGGGCCACCCUGCCUUGGUGGGAUGAAUUACAAUUUUCAUGCAUUAAAUGACAUUACAUAUUAAGUGAUUUCUUCCCAAUCAUGUGUAAACCUUUACCUAGAAAUCUGUCUCACUCAAAUAUAUAAGCAUUUAAUUUGAACUCAAUAUUUAUCUGAAUAUAUUGCAAUAACUGUAACUAUAUAGCUGGACUUGAGUCCUGGAAAUGGGAAGUACAAUGCCUGCACGUUAAAAGAGGGGUUUGGGAUAUUGGCAGUUUGGAGGGAUAUGUUAUGUAUCUUUAUACAUAUAUGCUUCUUAAACUGUUGUAUUCUGAGCACCUCUGCAUAAACAGUGAUUAUGUAUGAGCGAGGUGAAAGUGUUGAAUGAUAAAAGUAUUUUCUUUUUGGGGAUUUUUUCUUUCUUUUUGGGUCACCCUGCCUCGGUGGGAGAUGGCCGACUUGUAAAAAAAAAAAAAAAAAAAAAAAAAAAAAACUGCUUCGGUGGGAUACGGCCAGUGUGUUGAAAGAAAGAACUAUAACUCUGCUUUAGUGGGAUACGACCAGUUUGUUGAAAGAACAACAACUAUAACUCUGAAGGAGGGGUGGAGAUAUGUUGCAGUUUUUAAACCGUAGUAUUGGCAUGUCACUGGCAAGACAGUGAUAGAUUAAGUGAUGAUGAAAGUUCUUCUUUUCUGUGUCACCCUGCUUCAGUGAGGAAUGUCUGAAGUGUUAAAAAAAAAAAAUUAACUGCUAAAUUAAGUCUUUGCCAAUAUUCUGGGUGUAAUAUGGGCUUAGCAAAAUGUUACUACACAUGUACUGUAUGCUAUGCCCACAUUAUUCCAUACCUAUAUCUGCAAUUACUUUGCAUGUACAUACAUAGCUGUAUUGUGUUUUAAUUAUAAUUUAAUUUUGAUAUCCUAGACACCCAUUUAAGUAGUAUAGUUGUAGUUUGAGUCUCAUGAAAAUGCUGAAUGUAAAUGUUCUAAAUGUACAGCAUACAGUAUUUACACUCAUAACCCAAUUGUGUAACAUCCACACACAUUUUUAAAAUAAACUUUAUUAUUAU